AAUGAUUAUUAUUUCAUUAUAUUUUAUUUAUAAAAUAAAUCUUAUUUACAAAAGAUUUGAUGUUACGAUCAACUUAUUCGUGAUUCAGUUAACGACCGCCCAAACGAUCGUCUGUGUUGCAGUUAUCUAACAUAAAAGAGAUUUAUAAAAUUAUGAUAUAUAUAUCUCCAAAGCAAGGCCACAUCGAAGUGCAUGUAAACUCAUUCCACAUUCUAAUAAAUAGAAUCCUUUUAGUAUUCGUUUGCAUUGAAUGUGAUACACUUUGAGCUAUUCUCCAGAAGAAUCUUGAGAGAUUGAAUUAAAUGAUCAAUUUGUAAUAUAUAAAGUGUAUUUAAAUUUCUUUACGAAAUCGUUCAAUUUGACGUGAAACAAAGAUAAUAAACUUUAACACUCGACUGUGCGCAUAAUGUGCGUUUUCCAUUUUUUCUGUUCACUUUCUGUCGACUUCUCGAAUCGUGAAUAAUUCGCGUUCUAAAAUUUUUUAGAUGUUAGUAUUAAAAAAAAGAAUAUAAUUCAUCGUCGUAUCAAUUCUUAAGCAUGAUUUUACAAUUUGAACUCUGGCCUGUGUCUGUUACAUUUGAUAAAAAAGCUUAACUCAAUUGUGAUUGGUCGUUGAAGGUAUAUUAAGUGAAAUAUAUACAAAUAAAAAUAUAUAUCUCGACAGAAAUUGUUAGAUAUUUAAUAGAAGAAGAAUAGUGAAAAAAUCAAACAGUGAAAGAAGAGUAAUUAAAUUAGUGUGGUUAAUAUAAUUUAAAAUUUAGUAUGAUUUUUGUCGAAAAAGAAGUUUGUUACUCACAAUCGAGGCUGUAAAAGUGCAAUUGUUAAUUGUAAAGAAGCGUGAUUAUUGAUUUUGUGUAAGUGCUCUAAUAUAGAAGAAAUAUAAUCUUUUGGUGCGUGACGAUCUUUGUGAUCAUAAAAAAUGAUGAUGAAUUAUUUCGGGAUGAUCUUUGUUGCCAUUAUUCUUGUAAUGUCGUGCAUCUUAUACAAAACGAGCAGAACUUUUCGUUAUUAUUUCAAAUACGUCAUCUUUACUCUACACAUAGCAACAUUUACAGCUUUUUUAAUUCCAAUUUUUAUAUUUCGACCAAGAAACGUGAAAAAUUUACGAUUACUAGCAAUGGCAGUAGCUCCUAUUACUAAAAUCAUCGGAGUAAGUUGGGAAUUAAGAGGAAGAGAAAUAUUGGAACAAGACAGAACAUAUAUAAUAGUAGCAAAUCAUCAAAGUCUUUUAGAUUUCUUGGGGAUGUAUCAGAUAUGGCCAAUAAUGAAUAAAUGCACAGCUAUAGCGAAACGAGAGAUUUUCUAUUUGUGGCCAUGUGGUUUAGCUGCUUGGCUUGGUAGAUUAAUAUUUAUAGACAGGAUGAACUCGGAUUCGGCUCGAAUUGUUCUUAAUAACGCCACCGACUAUAUUAAAGAAAACAAUAUCAAAUUGUGGAUAUAUCCGGAAGGAACGAGACGCAGUACUGGUACGAUACAUUCAUUUAAGAAAGGCGCAUUUCACGUUGCUAUACGUGCUCAAUUACCAAUAGUACCAGUUAUCUUCUCUUCCUAUUAUUUCCUAUCUAAGAGGGAAAAGAAGUUUGAAUCUGGUCGAGUUAUUAUAAAAGCAUUGCCAGAAAUAUCGACGAAAGGGUUAACGGUUGACGAUGUUGAUAGUUUGUUGGAAAAAACACGAAGCAUCAUGAUCGAUGCUUUCAAUGAAAUUAAUAGAGAAAUGCAAUCUUCAAAUAAUUCUAUUAGUUCUUAAAUCAAAGCGACAAAAAGUAUCACGUUAUAUAUAAGUUGAAAUAAGUUAGAUAUUGUUAUUUUUUAUUAUCGUAUAAUUGUAAUUAUAGCGGAUAAUGAAUGUCAGUAUUGUAAGAAUGCUGCGAUGCAUAAUAAUUAUUUUAUUCAAUGUUUUAAAUUUAACGAUAAAACGAUAAAAUAAAAUCAAGAUCAACAAUCAAAUGAGAAUUCGAUCUCUUUAGGA